CGUCGUGUUGGCACUGUGGAUUGAAACUUAAAAAUAUGCUCAAACUUUUGACAUAUUUACACCCAUUACGCUGCCAACAUGAGGCCUCAAACAAAUGAAUAGAUUCACAUGUUCCAUAAACACUAGUUAAACCAAAAACAUGUCUUGGUUGAGCGGUGGCUUGUCGAAUAUCACCGGCCAAAUUUCAAAUUUUACAAAAGAGGUCCUCACUGAAGGAACUGAAGAAGUCAGUGAUCAUGCCACAGAGCUGAGGGUGGCAACCUCAAAGGUCAAGGAACUGGAGGGAUAUGCACUCAGUCAAAAAAUAGAGAUUGACCGUCUCAAAAAGCUGGUCAUUGAGCAUGAGGAGAGGGCAGAAUCAGCAGAGCUUCAGCUGAACCAUGUGUCUUCAGAGUACCGGACACAGCUACAGGCAAAAGAUCUCGAAAUAAACAGCUUGAAGCAGAAGUAUGAUGAAUUUGCUGAGAACCAGAAGAAGCUUCUACCAUCCUCAUCGUAUGCCCCAACGACUGUUUCUGAGUCCACUCAUCUUUAUCAGCAGCAGCAAUUCGAAGUCGGCAGCGAUGGCAUGGACUUCAGUGAUGUCAUUGCCUCCCAGCAUGAGAUUAAUCGCCUCUCACAGGAGGUGCAGCGUCUGCAGGCUGAGUGUAACCAUUGGAAACAAGCUCAUGGCCAGCAGUCGUCCAACACAGAGAAGCUGCACAGCAUCAGCCUGGAGGACAGAAGUGACGUGAAUGAGGUCCAACACCUUCAACAGCAAAUUAAGCAAUUGCAACAGAAUCUUAUCGAUGAGGAAGAGAACCACCAGAGGGAGUUGGCAGCGCUGCAGGAUGUCCAGUCGCAGAAGAUGGCCACAAUGAAGAAGAAGCAAAGGAAUGAAGUUCAUGCUCUGGAGGACCGGAUUCAGGAGUUGCAGUUACAUCUAGAGCGGGAAGGCCAAGGUGACAGCUCUGAAUCUGAUCUAGCCAAAGUAGUGCAGCUCCAAGGCCAACUACGCAGUUCCCAGCAGCUUGUCGACGCGCUGAACGAGAAGGUGAAAUCUCUAGAGAAGGAGGUGGAGAAUUGUCAGGCAGACGUCGCCGAGAAGGCACGUAAUAUUCAAAGAAUGGGGCGUCAGAUGGAAAAGCUUCAGCAAGAAAAGAAAAAGCUCAACAUUGAACGGGACGACCUCCUGGACAAAAACACCAAAGUGGAGAAGGACUUUGAAAAUAUGGUUCAGCAGGAAAAGCAGGUCAGGCAACAACUUGGGUUCUUGCAGGCCCAGGUAGUCGACCAGAAGCAACAUGCCCAGGCAGCAGAGGAAUUGCAGGUCUUGAGACAAGAGAUGGUAGCAAUGAAGAAGGAGAGAGAUGAAAUGGUUGAGGAAAAUCAACGGGAGAUGGCGGGCCUACGAUCUGCUCUUGAAGAAUCGCAGAAAAGACUUGAAGAAGUACAGAAGGAAAGGGACCAGGUCUGGCACGAUUUGAUUGAAGCUAGAGUGCGGUUUCUGGCUGAAUUGGAUGCAAACCAUGCUCAGACAUGCGAGACGUUACAGGAUAUACACGAAGCCAAAGAGAGGCUAGAGAUCGACCUGUUGCAGCGACAGACAGAGAUUAUCCAUGAGAAGUCCGACAUCAUUGAUGCGAUGAUACGGACUGAUGAUCAGAAAUAUAAACAAGAGAGGGUGGUGUCCGCACUCACAGCAGACGUCAAUGAAACUAGGGCGGCAGCUGAUCAGAUGAUGCGUGACAUUGGCAAUGAGGAGCAUCAAAGGCUCACUGCAGAUCUUGUGAAUACUGUUGAGACUGAGAAUAUGGUGCUGAAGGAACGCGUUGUCCAACAAGAGGAGAAGAUCCAGGCAUUGGAGCAGUGUGUGCAGCGGGUCGCAGCCGAGAAGGAGGUCAUGGAGAAAACUCUUCAGGCAUCCACACAAUCUGCUUCAAGUUCUCUCGGUGUGUCCCAUCCAUUCGUUGCUAACACCAGCACUCCAAAGCCAGCCAAAGUAGCAUCCGAUACCAGUGGUGCCACUCCAUCCAUUCACAUGCCGCCCUCUAUGAAUGAUUAUGACAAUGAUUCAAUAUUCUCUGGUCAUUCUGAACUCUCGAUGCAAAACCGCCAGCUCGACACUCACGUGAAGACGCUAGAGGGGCAGAUUGGUAAUUACGAACGUGAGAUUGAGACGUUUGAAAUGAUGAAAUCUGAUUGGCAGUUGGAGAAGGAGGCACUAGAAGAUGUCCUGUUGCAGCUGCGGAAGAAAUUAAGGCAGAAGGAAGAUUCUUUGAAUGUUGUUCAGGCCACAAAGGGCUUAGUGGAGUUGGAACGUUCCCAGAGGAAAGGAAAACGGCACCCACCUAAAAUAAAGGAGGAACAGGGCUUGUUUGACGAUGACAUGGAGCGAGACUUGGACACACUGGCCGAAGACCUGGAGGAGGACAAUUUCAGUGACCAGGGCACAGGCAACAUUGCAUCUGAUAUUGACAAUCUUUACCACGAGGUCCAGUUACUAACCGAUUCUAACGCUAUGCUUGAAAAUGAGAGAGAUCUGCUCAGAGUUGAAAAGGAGAAGCUGUUGUCUGAGAUGAAGGAACUAAGGAUGUCGAAUGCUGAGUUGAAGACGCAGAGUUCAACGGUACCAGAAUUAGCGACUAAAUUAUUAGAGGUGACCAAGCAUGAAGUCUCGGCCCUUACUGACCAGCUACUCGAGAAGGACCAAGAACUGCUCAACAUAAGUCUCGAGCGCGAUGGCAUGCUGUCAAGUCUCGACGAACUCGACCGCCAACAUGAACAAGUGACGGAACAACUUCUAAAGACCCGCGACGACCUGAUGAAGAAUAAUGACAAUCUGUCCCACCAGCUGGCACUGCUUGAAGACCAGGUCGAGGACUACGAGAAAAAGUUGCACGAACUGAAAGUGGAACGUGACACGGUUUUGAGAAAUCAUAACGAAAUGUUGCAGGAGCGGAACCAGUUGAAACGAGCCAAUGAAGACUUAGGAGAUGACUUAGAACUUAUCAUGAAAAAGCACAAUGAAAUUAUGUCCGAGAAAAACGAAUUGGUUUCACGGUUAGAAGGUGAAGUAUCUGAUCUGGUUGCAGAAAGUGAUCGAACGGUGUUGGAAAAUCGUCAGCUGAAGGCGGAGUUACAUAAGAGCAGUGAGGAGAACGAGGUCGUGCGGAGUUUGAAUGAACAGGUCCGACAGCAGACGGAGAAUAGUAAACAGUUUGAAGACGAGGCAAGGCGACUUCGCGAUGAGAAGGAAUCACUGAGUAAUGAGAUAAUGCACCUGCGUGAUGCGGCCAAGGAAAGCGACCAGGCGCAUGACGAUCUACAGAUGAAGAAAAAUGAUUUGGAAAUCACGAUGUCUGUUUUGGAAGAAGAGCUUGCUGAUUUGAGGACGAAAUGUGAAGCGUUAGAGAUGCAGAACCAUGAAUUCAUGCAGAUUCAUAGCGACAUGACCACUCGAGAAAACAUACAAAAGACGGGUGCCGAGUCCCUGAACAGUACUGCUAUUGACUUCGAUAAACAACUACAGGACCUGCGAUUAGAACUCAACAGCAGUUAUUUCAAUAACAGCGAACAUUUAGCCCGUAUUGAAGAUUUAGAAAGGAGCGUUGGAAGUCUUGAGGACCAGUUGUCUAAUGUUAGCCAGGAUCGUGAUCGGUUUAGGUCAACUUUGGAAGACGUGGAAGCAAAAUACCACAAAGACUUGCGCAACAUUCAGGAGAAGAGCCAGCAUAGUAUAGAUGACUUGAUGACGACGGUGGACGCUUUGAGGAAUGAGAAGGUUUCAUUGGAGAAGGAGUUGAGCCAGUCGGAACAGAAGGUACAAGAGAUGACCAAACGUUACGAAAGUUACAUCCACGAGAUGACAGAGUCCCGGCAGAUGGACACGAGCUCUCUUCAAGUGGAGGUGGAAAGAUUGAUGAAAAUCAGUCACGAGAAAGAGGCGAAGAUUUUCAACUUGGAGAUGAAGUGUGAGCAGUUGGAUGGUGAUUUGGAGGAGACCAAAGACAUGUUGCAGUCGUCAAUUGACGGGCAGACGCCUCUGAAGGGCCUCAUCGCAGAGAGGGAGCAUGAGUUAGCAUCCCUCAAACAAGAGAAUUCUAGUCUUAUCUCCGACAAUGAAGAAAAGUCAAUCAUGUUAGAUGAUCUGAGAGGACAGUUGCAAUGUCUCAGGGAGGUUGAUAAUCUGCUGAAAUCAACACGGGACGAAAACAAGAAACUCAGGGCAGAUUUACUGGAUCUCAGAGGGCAGCAGGACUCAGAUAAAUUGGAUGCCAAGACUUUGGAUGUCAUCACAGAUCUUGAGACGGAGAUUUCUACGUUGAAUCUGAAAAUUGAUCAGAAAGAUGAAGAAAUCGGCCGUCUGCAUCGUCUGCUCACAGAGCAUAAGAAUGAGAUGACAGAAACUGUUGAUACGCAGCGUAAAACUGUCUCAGAAUCGGCCAGUAAGAUUCGCCAGUUACAAACUACUGUCUCAAACUUAGAAAACGACUUGUCAAACAGAGAAGCUGACAUUGAUUCCUUAAAUAAACAAUUGAGUGAAAAGACGCAGCUUCUCGAGCUCGAGAAACAGAAAUGUGCCAACCUUCAGGUGAAUUCUGGGACAAAUGGGGUCGGGGAUAUGAUAAUGAGGGAAAAUGUGUUGUUACUCGGUGCUGACAGCCCAGAUGCUGUCGAUGGGUAUGAUGGGUUUAUACCGAAUGGUGAUAUCAGGUCAGACCAUGAGAAAGAUUUGGAAGAGGAAAGGAAAGAAAUGCGGCUUGUUUUGAAAGAUAAAGAUUCUGUGAUCGAAGAACUUCAGAUAAACAAUGCAUCAUUGCUACGUCUGCUGGAAGACAAGGCCAUGUCACAUGGCAAUAAUGCAUUGUUGGAAAUCCACAAACUCCAGGAACAGGUCAAAGGUCAAAAUGGGGAGAAGGAACAAAUGAUGUCAGUUUUGAGUGAGAAGUCACGAGAGUGUAGUAGUUUGAAAAGUGAGGUGCAUCGCCUGAUGAAUGUUAUAUCGGCUGAGAAGGCAGCUUUGGAGAAACUUCAGCAAGAUUGCAACAAGUUGAAAAUCGCCCGGGAUGAUCCGAAUGAAGACAUGACCAAAACAGCGAUCAAGACUUUGUCGCAGUUAGUGCGGGAUCGCGAGAUGGAGAUCGAAGCCUUAAAACAGAAGAAUGGUACUCUGCUUCAGGUCCUGCAAGCGGGGGGCUCCGGGGCCGGGGGGUCAGAGGUGCAUGACCUUAUCCAGGAGAAAGAGAACUUGACAAAACAGUUGGCAAUUUAUCAGAAUGACCGGGAACAGAUUAUAAACGCCUUGAACCAGAAACAUCAGGAGAGUUUACAAUAUCAUGGCGAACUUCAACGAUUGACAGAUUUUGUCAACAAGGAGAUGGAAAAACGUGAGAAAAUUUCACAAGAUUUUGAAAACUUGAAACAGCAGUACGAAGACAAGCAACAAUCGCUCUUGAAAACUCAGAAUGAACUUGUGAAUUAUAAACAGAAGUAUGCCGAAUUGGAUGAGAGUUAUCGUGAUGUCGUUGGUAAGGAGGGUGUGAACAUGAUUGAGACCAAAUAUUACGAUGAGAAAUGUGCAGACGUGCUCGACCUGAGUGAAAAAAUGAAGCAGCAAGAUUCUGUGAUAAGUCAAAAGGAGAGACAGAUUAGUGAGUUGAUUCAGAAGAUUGAAAGUUUAGAGGACUUGGUAAAGGCAAAAGAAAGUGACUUAAAUAACCUCAAAAUGCAGUUAGAAAAGUUAAAUUUUGAACUGAAUGAAUUACAAAUUAAACUGAAUGAUUCUAAGUUAGAAAUUUCAACAAGUCAAAAACGGACUUCCGAUCAAGACUCAGAGAACUCUUUACUCCGCGAAUCUACGAAUAAAUUGACUAUGAUUUUGCAAGAGAAAGAUUUUGAGAUAAACGCGCUGAAGGAAAAGGCACAGACGUUGACGAGGUUGAUGCAGGAGAGGGGGACCGGCGGCAAUAAGGAGGAGAUGGAAAGGGUGCUGAGGGAGAGUGAAGCGACACAACACCAGGCGCAGUUGUUCCGGCAGGAGAGGGAUCAGAUGGUGCUGGCGAUGAAGCAGCAGCAAGAUGAGAAUGUCGGCCUUCAGUCGCAGUAUCAGGCGUUGUCUGACCGGGAGCAGAAGCUAACCCGAGAGUUGGAUCGAUUGCGGGAGCAUCUUAUACAGAUUGAAGAAGGCUACACCCUAGAGGCGUUGGAGGCAGAAUCCAGAGAAAAAGAGCUCCGGAAUAGACUCGCCCUUGCAGAGGACAAGGCCGCAUCAUCGUCAAGUGCUGUUGAAAGCGUCAACCAGCAGGCGCACGUCCAGUUCGAGACACUGCAACAGCAGCUCCGAGGCGCCCUGGAGCAGAGGGAUCAAGCGUUGUACCAGAUUGGCGAGUACCAGAAGCAGACCAACCAGUAUGCCAUGUCGCUGCAGAAUCUGCAGAUGGUCUUGGAACAGUUUCAAUAUGAAAAAGAGGCGCAACUUCAAUCCGAAGCUGAGAAGUAUAAACGUGAAGUCAGUGAACAUCAGCAGAAGUAUGCUAACUUGGAGAGACUAGCUGCCGAUCUCGAGAGCAAGUUGUCCGAGGCGAAUGAAGGCCUUGAAGCGGCGUCCCGUCUGAGUGAACAGUUAGACCGGAAGGAGGAGAUUAUCCUUGCCUUAAAGGAAGAGGUCCAUUUGAGAGAAGAAACGGCAAAGAAAGCUGAAAAAGAAAUUGAAUUGCUCACAUCUAGCUCACAAGAAAAGGUUGACAAGUUGAUAGUGAAGAAUCUGUUUCUUGGUUAUUUCUCGGCGCCCAAAAAUAAGCAGACAGAGGUGAUCAAACUGAUUGGAGGGGUGCUCAACUUCAACAAAGAAGAGAUGGCCAAGGCCGGUAUUGAUGGCUCAGGAGGCUGGUUGACAGGCUGGCUACGACGGACCCCCCAACAUUCCACCCCUACGCAUCAAACACCAGACAAGUCCUUCUCUCAGUUAUUUGUCAAAUUCCUCGAGAACGAGUCUACACCAAAACAAAAGAUGACGCUACCAGCCGAAGAAAUGGCCAUGGAACAACAAGGCAAGCAUCCACAUCACCAACGUCCAGCUUUCAAUCCAUUCUCCGCCCAACGCCACGCGACCAUGCCAUUACAACUCGGAGAUAUGCCAAAUAAGGAGUCUCACAUCCUGAUGAAUCCAUCUUCGCCGGUUCUCCCGAUGUUUCCGCCGUUAGUUACUUCGGAGACGCCACCUAUAUCAGCAUCUGGUCAUAGUAGUGCCACGAACUCUGGGCGGUCUACACCGUCGGGGAAUAUUCUACGGGAUGUAUUGAAUAGAUAAUAACAAGUGUACCUAGUCUUAAAUCGUUGAAUAAUAGUCCUGGGAAGCAUCCUACUUUUAGAAAAUACAGUACCUUAUCUGAUUGUGGUGCAGGAAUUAGUCAUGUGUUCUGCAAAUAUUGCUAUGCAGAUAAAUAAAUGAAUAAAUUCUCGUACAAAUCUGCUUCUAUCUGAAGAAAACCUUCAGCGCACUAUUUUGCACUUGCUUGUGUUAAAUAUCACACAUUGAUGACCGUGAACAUCUUGCAGAUUUCAUUGCAUGGAACACAUCGCUAUUGUACUUCACUUUCUCGUGCCAUAUGUUGUAAUCCCAAAACGUUCCUCUGCCUUUCGAUAUGAAUCGCCCAUUUUGCAAGUAGACUCAACCCCUUUGAAAUGAUUUGGCUGUGACUUCAUAUUAAAAUCAUAUUCAUGCAGUCCUCUGCAGAGGGUCAAAUUCACAGGAAAAUAUGGUUUCUCUAACUAAAUUUAAUUCUCUUUGUAAUAUUGGAGUUUGUGGUAUUUUUCAAAAUUUCUCCUGAUAUUAAUGGUGCAUGUUCAGUGCAUAUCUGUUUCUUUGUUUAUUGAUUUGUGUUGCAUGUAGAUCUAUUAGCACAAGCCUGGUAUUGUACUACCUGAAGAUUUGAAGAUUACGAUUCCAAAUCACUCUAAAUCAACUUUUGAUGAUUUAAAAAAAUUGAGAUUUAUGGGUUAUUUUGUGUAGUUCAUCUUCUAUGAUAAUCUAAACUUUAAUAUAAGUGAUAUAAGUAUUGUUAGAAAAUAUAUUGAAUCACCCUUAAAACUUAUUAUAAAAAUGGAAAAAUUCAGGAAUGCCUGGAUGCAAACAAUACAUAUAGUAUAGUGUAUUUGUACAUUUCAACAUGUACUGGAAGUGAUAACAAUGUCGAUUGGGCAUACAAAUUGUCUUUGGGACCAACUUGGAACUUUUCUGGCCACACAGGUUGAGAGGGAAAUGAAUUUUAGAUUAUCUAAAUGGCAUUUUUGAAUGGUGUUUCGAAUCUUGAUGAGCGUUGUGGUUCUCUUCCAAUGGUAGGUUGGGCUGGUUGAAAUGUCACAGCCCAGCAGACUAUAGGAAGACAACCAAAACACUCAUCAAUAGUAUUGUAUAAACAUGUAGAUAUGUAUCUUCGGUAACUCGUUGUAAGUUAUAAACUCAAUGCAUCUAAUUGAUGAAUAAAGGUAUGUACAAUAAAUAAUACUAUUUUAAAA